AUGUCGGCGGGUCCGUACAACUACAGCUACAUUUUCAAGUACAUCAUCAUCGGUGAUAUGGGUGUCGGCAAGUCAUGCUUGCUGCAUCAGUUCACCGAAAAGAAAUUCAUGGCCGACUGCCCACACACAAUCGGCGUCGAAUUCGGCACCCGGAUUAUCGAAGUUAGCGGCCAAAAAAUCAAACUACAAAUCUGGGACACGGCCGGCCAGGAAAGGUUCCGCGCUGUGACACGAUCGUACUACCGCGGCGCUGCUGGCGCUUUGAUGGUCUAUGAUGUGACCCGGCGGUCGACUUACAACCAUCUAUCCAGCUGGUUGACUGACGCACGAAACUUGACAAACCCGAAUACGGUCAUCUUCUUGAUCGGGAACAAGUCCGACUUGGAAGCACAGCGUGAUGUUUCUUACGAAGAAGCAAAGGCGUUUGCUGAUGAGAAUGGGUUGACAUUUAUGGAAUGCUCGGCAAAGACUGGCGAUAAUGUCGAGGAUGCAUUCUUGGAAACUGCUCGGAAGAUUUAUCAAAAUAUUCAAGAUGGAAGCCUUGAUCUGAAUGCUGCCGAUACCGGGGUACAACCAAAGCAGACAUAUCGUAACAAAAGCUUGGGGAUCCCACGUAAUAAUCCAAAAAAAUGGUGCCCUCCGCCUCGACCACAUUCAUCUGCCCCCGUUUCGCCUUCUACUCGAUGCCGGUCGAGCGACAACUCC